UUUGGAUUGUUACCGGCUGGAUUUUCUGCAUCUCCCCUCACUCCUUGCUAACUCUUGUCGCCCUUGGUUAUGGUUAUUACUCGCACCACCCACCACGCUCGCAUUUCCGGUCCCAAAAGAAGUGAAACAAAGAGAGCCCGCGAGAGAAGCCUACAUAUGCGUGGGAGGGAGGAAGCGGGCUAAUUUUUUAUUAUAACAAAAAGAAAAUUCACUAUAUAGCAGUACUAUUUCAGUUUGAUGAAUAGUUGUAGUAGUGCUUGUAUGUUCGAGGAGGAGGGGAGCUCCGCCGCCGGGGGCGGCAAUGGUGGCGGUGGCGGUGGCGGGAAGUGGAUGCGAACAUGCGACUCGUGCCAGUCGGAGCCAAGCACGGUGUACUGCCUCGCGGACGCGGCGUAUCUGUGCGUGGGGUGCGACUCACAAGUGCACACCGCGAACCGGGUGGCGUCGUGGCACGAGCGGGUGGGGGUGUGCGAGGUAUGCGAGCCCGCCACCCUCACCCGCCGGGCCGACGCGGCGGCGCUCUGCGCCGCCUGCGACGCCGACGUUCACUCCGCCAACAGGCCGCUCGCUGGCUGCCACCACCGCGUCCCCAUCCUCCCCCUCCCCCCGGACCAUCUUGGCCCGGGCCCUGGCCCGCCUUUUGGCGGAAAAAAGCUGGUGGGGGAGGAGGAGGUGAACCACGACGACGGUGAGGCGAUGUCGUGGUUGCUGGUUAGUGGAAACUGCAACCAGACUAAUAAUUCUGGGUUUUUGUUUGGUCCGGAGGUGGAUGAGUACUUGGAUCUUUUGGACUACAACGAUUCAUGUAAUGAGAACCAGAACCAAGAACAGCAGCAGCAGCAGCAGAAUUAUGGGAGGAAUGAGGGGAGUGAGUGUGUGGUGCCUUCACAAAGAAAGGUGGUGGGAUAUGAAGCACAGCAGCAGAACUAUGGGAUGGAGAAGGAGCAUGACAACUCCAAUGCUGGGUUCAGUUACACUACUGCUUCGCUCGGUCACGGCGUUUCUUUCUCACCAAUGGAAGCGAGUGUAGUACCAGACACCACCAUGACCAACAUCUCAAGCUCUCAUAUCCGACCUUCCACAGUGACCACACACCUCGUCUCAAGCAAUUCACUUCAAAUGCCACCUCAAUUCACUGCCAUGAACAGGGAAGCCAGGAUUCUCAGAUACAGGGAGAAGAAGAAGACUAGAAAACUUGAGAAGAGAAUAAGGUAUGCAUCAAGGAAGGUAAAUGCCGAGACCCGACCAAGGAUAAAGGGCCGGUUCGCUAAGAGAUCAGACAUUGAGCUCGAUGUGGAUCAGAUGUUUUCCAGCUCUCUAAUAUUCAAAGGCAGCGAUGGGAUCGUCCCCUCAUUCUUAUGCCCAUAGAAGAAAGCAGCAUUAUUUGAGAGAAGUAUGAGGGACCAUGAUAUCCCAUGUCAGGAUAGGUAGUCCAGUGCAAUGAAUAACAUGUGCAGUAGUUCCAUAAAGGUCAACUUCAAGCAACCUUUAAGUAUAUCCACUGCCAGCCUUCGCUAAUGGCUCUAUGAACCAUUUCUAGCUUUGAAACAUGAGUAGUAUGAUUUGGUUAUUUGUGGAGUGCUGGAUGGAAGAAUAUCUACAAGGAGGAAAGCAUUUGUUGACCACCUAAGGUUGCUAAAUAAUGCAUAUUGGAACAUAUAUAGAUCUUGAGAUACAAAUGCUGUUAAGUGUUUGAUGAAUAGUAAUUGUAAUUAGAGUUAACUUGGGAGAUGUGUCCUAAAAUUGGGAGAAUAAGAGGAUGGA